AUGCUGAUAGUCUUUUGCCUUGUUUGUUUUCUUCCCCUGUAUGCAUGGGGGGCCCCCCCCUCUCGUUCUGGGGGGCCCCCAGGAUCACCUCGCGCUGCUCUUGCUAAUAGCAACCCAGAUAUAUCUAGUUUGCUGGUGUUAGACAUAUCAGACGUGGAAGCAGCAGCAGCAGCAGCAGCACUGUUCGAAGAUGAUAUUGAAGACACACUCCCUCACGAUUUAGAUAUGUAUGAGAACCAUGCUGACAGCAUCCCAGGAGCUCCUUCUCAACUUCCUGAAUCUGAUAUUCCUACUUCUUCAAUAUCUGGGGGCGCCCAAUUGCCUUCUCAAGCUGCAGAAACCGCAAAAGAUACGGGGGCAGCAGACUCUACCGCUGCUAGACUACCUGCUGCUUCUGUCUCUUCUGAUGCAGCUAGAGGGCCUCCUCCACCUGCUUAUCCUACUUCUAGUCUUCCUACUGCAGCUAAAGGAGCAGCAGCAGGAGGAGGAGGAGGAAUUGCUGCUUCUGGUGCUGCUGGUGGUGUUGCUGCUGGUGCUGCUGCGGCUACUGAAGGGGGCCCUCUCGGUAGGCAUAGAGGAAGCCUGCGUCUGCUGUCUUUUACUGAUGCUCAUAAACAUUUUUGUGCAGCAUUAAGAAGCCCCAGUAUACCCUGGCGUUAUAGAUGGAUAACUGGUCGUCUAGGAAAUACUUUAAAGAGGCCUAAUGAUGAGCUUCUUAGCGCCUUUCAAGCAGCUUUACUGCAAGCAGGGACUCAUGGUAUUUAUUGUUUAACCGAGCUUCGCCGUUUAAGAUCUAUAGAUAAGGGUAAGACAAAGCCUCGACCAGAUGAGCUUCCGUACUUAAAGACAAAGAUUAUUACUUGUAUUGCUCCUAUUAAAGAAGUUGCAGACCUAGCGAGGCAACAGCUAGGGCCCCAGCUAAUCAACAGAGGCCCUCAAUCAGGUGGAGAUAGAGCAGCAGCUUUUCUUGUUUAUCUUUCUGAAGCAGCAACAGCAACAGAGAGAAACUUCGUAGAUUUAAUUGAUUUCUAUCAAGCUCUCUUUGAUAAGGCGCCUCGCCAUGUUGUUGAUCAUCUUAGACAAAGAAGAGACGCAGCAAAAUCUGAGUAUGAAAAUGCUAAGCGACGCAUGCGCACCGAAGCAAAAUACCUAGAAGAAAGAAAAAUGGUGCCCGUUUUCAUGCCUCUCUUCUAA